AUGCAUGAGCGACAGAAGAUCAUCGUUACGGGGCUUGUCACGCUCUUGCUGGUGCUCACCUUGGGCUUCUUCGUGCACCGUGACCCACGAUUCGCGGGCAGCCUCAUCGGCGGCCUGUUUGGCAUCGCCGCCGCAUCGCUCAUGCUUGUGCCGCUGCUCUACUUGUUCGUGAAGCGGAUUCCGUGGCUCAAACGGAGAGUCACGCCGUACGUCUCGAUGCGAACCCUCCUCACGGUCCACAUUUACGCUGGCGUACUUGCUCCAAUCCUCGGUGUGCUGCACACGGGGCACAAGUUUCAGAGCCCUCUCGGUAUUGCCCUUACCCUCAUGAUGCUCGUUGUAGCUGUGAGCGGAUACCUUGGGCGAUACCUCCUCGGGCAGCUCUCAACCGACAUCAGGAAGAUGAAAGCCGACCGCGAGCGUUUGCUGACGGCGCACCGUGCCCUAACUCAAGAGAUUGGUGCCCACCCCGACGCCGCUGUGAUGCUCCGCCGGAAUAGUUCGCCGCUCAGUCGGGCGGCAUCCUUGUUCGUUGCGCGUGACGAACAGGUUUUGAAACAGCUCCCGUCAAGGGCGAUUCAGAUCAGCGAAUCCAUCUCCGAUCUCGAGCUCGCGAUCCGCACACACACCACCGCCAAGAGCGUGUUCGGGCGAUGGCUUGUGUGUCACAUCCUCGUCGCCGUCGUACUCUACACACUGCUAUUCAUCCAUGUGUGGUCAGCGUGGUACUUCGGCAUCCGCUUCGCGUUUUUCCUUCCGCUGUUCGUCCAUCGAGGAGGGGCGGACGCGCUUCCCGGGUGGCAAGAGUUCGUCAGCCCCGGCACGCUCACCGAGGCACAUGCGUUUCUUGGUAACGACUGCACUUCGUGCCACACGCCCCACAUCGGCGUCACAGCUUCGAACUGCAUUGCGUGCCACGCUAAUGACCAAGAGCUUCUUUCUCAACCAGAGACAGCAUUCCACGCAAGCGUGGGCUCGUGCGUUGGUUGUCACACUGAACACCAGCUGCCACCAGCGACCCCGACGGCCAUGGACCAUGAGUUACUUGUUGUGAUUACACAAUCCAGUGCGAGCAACGACGCGCUGGUCAUCAUCGAGUCAAUACGGGCUCAUGCUCGGGCGAUACCGACACCUCACCCGCGGAUAUCGUCAAACGAACUUACUCUUGACUGUGCAUCCUGUCACGCCAAUGAGGAUCCGCACCGCACACUCUUCGGAACCAGCUGCGCAUCCUGCCACUCCACAUCGACCUGGGACAUCCCGGAGUAUCGGCAUCCGUCGCCAAUGUCCAUGAACUGUGCGCAGUGCCACAGUGCACCGCCGAGUCAUUAUAUGGGCCACUUCAACAUGGUCUCUAAGCGUGUCGCCGGUGUUGAGCAUGCGGAAUUCAUCGAAGCGGUCGCUGCGAUCAUGAUCACCGCAUCCAUUGUGGCUGCAGUUGUAGACAUCGCAGUCGCAGCGAUACGCCACGGCCUCCGAGAACGGACGACUGAGACACGCCUCCGCCUUGCUGAACGGCUAGUGCUCUCGCUGGAAUUUCUUAUCGCUGCGGACAUCCUAAAGACGGUGGUCACACCCACUCUUGAAGGUAUGGGUGUGCUCGGCGCGGUCAUCGUGAUUCGCACCGUGCUCAGCCUGAGCAUCGCCUACGAGCUCCGACGCGAUGGGGACAAGAAACCGGAGACCCGCACUUAA